CCAAUUCGCUCGCGCGCGAUUCAUUCAUACGCGUCUUGUAUGUUUCCCUCCCAAAUCCAUCAACAAAAACCGCCGCCCACGCGCACACACAGAGAUCGAGAUCUAGGAUUUCUUCUUCUUCUCUAGCAAGCCAGCCAGCUAGCCAUGGCGCCGCCCAAGCCGAGCUCUCCGCCCAACCCCAACCCCUCCGACGCCGCCGACAAGGGCAAGAAGAAGGUGACCCCGUUGCAGGUGGCCUUCCUCGUCGAGCGCUACCUCGCCGACAACGGCUUCGCGGCCUCCCUCGCCGCCUUCCGCGCCGACGCCGCCAGCCUCUUCGGCUCCAGGAACGCCGCCAGCAGCAACCCUCCCAAGGGCCUCCUCCCGCUCGCCGACAUCCUCCACGACUACAUCUCCCUCAAGGAGUCACGCCUCGCCGUCGACUCCGCCAUGCACGCCAUGCACUCCCUCGUCUCCGCCUACUACCAGCCCAACCCGCUCCUCCUCGCCGCCGGGCCGCCGCCUUCCUCGCCGCCGCUCGUCCCGCCCUUCUUCGUCCGCCCCAACGCCUCCUCCCCUCCCGCUCCUCCUCCUCCUCAGAUUCCCAUGCCUCCGCCUCCUCCAGCUGGCAUCGCUGGAUAUGCUACCCCUAUGCUACACUACACCCAGACAUCCUCGUCGCUUGUUGUUCAGAAUUCAUCAAAUGCCAACAACAUGUCAACCCCUGCAGUUAGCUCUUUGCCUACAAAGAAGAGAAAGGUGACAAAGUCUGCUGCAAAAUCUACUUCAGCCUCCAAGAGAAUAUGCACUGCACCAACCACUAGCUUGAACCCAACAGGUAAAAAUGGUGCCCUUCAACUGCCAACUGCUCAGCCAAGUUCAGCUGAACACUCAGGGAUUGCAAAGCUCCCGGCCCAAGGCUCAUCUGUUGCCAAGAGCUUAUUCAAACCGCUGCAGCCUCAAGUCAGUUCUUCUCCAUGUACACCACAACAAAGCCAUCCCAUAGGAGAUGAGCCUGCUUCUCAUCAAGCACCAAGGCCAUCAUCAUCUGUGGCUCCAAAUGUUCACACCCAUCAGGAGAUUGCGUCCUCUCAAUGCUCUAUAGUUUCUUCCAAGACUCUAAUAGUCAGUCCUCUCAAGGGGGGCAGUAGCACCUAUUAUUCUGUUGAGAGGAGCUACCAUGUCAGCUCCCCCUUAAAAUCAAGCACCCAGAAAACCUCAAAAAGGGAACAUGUGAAAGGGAGGUUAGAUUUUGACAGUUCUGAUGCAAGGCCAGGUUCAACCGAGCUUACUUGUGACAAGGCAACUAACUCUACCUCUGAUGGACAGAAGCAAGAUGACUUUGACAUUGACUUCACAAACUUUGAUAUAUUUGAUGGCGAUUUUUCACUUUCUGAACUUCUACUUGACUUCGAUCUUGAUAAUGUGGGUGUUCACUGCGAGAAUCCUUCCUCAAAUGCUGAAGUUCAAAGACUACAGCCCAUUGCAAGUGAUAACAACGUGAUGGCAGAUCCAGUCUUUCCAAAUUCAGUAAAGCCAAUGACAGCAGAUCCCACUGAAGAUAUUAAUUCACAAGGAGCCACAUCUGUUACUUCUGUCAGAGCGAUUACUAAGAGGAUAAAGAUUGUUAGCCCUGUCAAGGGACGCAAAGCUUCCUAGCUCAGCAACCAGAACGCUUACAUCAUGACCAAAAGCAAAUGUCCUCUGGAUAUGACGACUAACUGACAUGAUCUAGAUGGCCAGAUAAUUCGUUGCAAUAUGUAGAGGUAGUUUCAGCAUUGCAAGUACACAGUACUUUGUGAUGUCAAGCUUGUGUUCUGUUCCUCUUCGCAGUUGGUGUUAACUGCCUUCAAUGUAUAGCUAAUAUUGCAUUCCCAGUGUUAAGUCCUGGCAUAAAUGGUAUUUAUUCCAAGUUUUCUAUAUCGAAUCCAUGUUUUGUCUU